GACCUAGCAACCGGCAAAGAUGCAAACGUUACGCCCAAUUGUCCUCACAACAGGCUACCUGCAACCUUUGGCGGUUUCAUUCGUGGAGUCUCGAGUACACACGCCCUCUCCACCAGAUCGCAUUCGAUACUGCUUGAUCGAGUCAACCCGGAGCCCAAAGAGUCUUUUUCGAGGGUCAGUAGCGUGAAAUCGGCAAUGGCAGUUGCCCCAAAUCAGGACAUUUCGCCAUCUCAUCUUCCGAAGGUGUGCCGGGUACUGCUGAGUUCAGGACGUGAGUUUCUGAGCCAAUGUUACGAAGAGCCAAAUAAAGGCUUGAAUUCGAGCAAAAUUCGUCGGAAAAGAAGGGAAGUAUUGGAACGGAAGAGAGGGGAUGUGACAGAGCAGACUUUAAGGAGGAAAGUCACGGGGGAGUCUGUCCAAACUCACCUCGUCCCCAACCAAAAGAAUUUGACUAUACGAGCCACCGUUGCAAGUGGUAAAGCAGCAAAAAUGGUAAGUUCAUUGUGA